CUCAAGAUGGUAGGACUGACAUCGCACGGAAUAAUCCACGGAAUUAAUUUGGUUCUUGGACUGUGGGCUGCACUUACAAUAACCUUUUCUGCAACUCAAAACACAACAGCUGCUACAGUAUCAACUACAACUGAAUCAAUUCUUUGUAAAAUUUUUCCGGAAUUGGCAAGAUGUAAGCACAAAACCACAACAAAAACAGUAGAAGAUUCUACAACCCCAAUGUCACCCACUACUACGGAAAAAUUAACGACAACAACAAUCGCACCCACAACCACAGAAGAAAUAACGACAACCACCUUAACUCCUACAAGCACAGUUUUAACUACUACUGAGUCCACAUUAUGUAUACUUUUUCCGAUUUUGCCAAUUUGUAAACUAACUACCACUACAGAAGCUUCUCCCACUACUACGGAAGAAUUAACCACAACCACACUCACUCCCACCAUCACACAAGAACAAACGACAACCCCUGACGAACAAACUACUAACACAGCUGCAUAUACAAACACUGAAUUAACGACAACAACUAUCGCUCCUACAACAACGGAAGAAAUAUCAACAACCACAAUCGCUCCUACGACCACGGAAGAAAUAACGACAACCACAAUCGCUCCUACAACCACAAAGGCUCUUACAACCACCGAAGAAGUUACGACAACAACAAUCGCUCCUACAACCACCGAAGAACUAUCAACAACCACAAUCGCUCCUACAACCACCCAAGAAGUAAAGACAACCACAAUCGCUCUUACAACCACCGAAGAAUUAUCAACAACCACAAUCGCUCCUACAACCACCCAAGAAGUAAAGACAACCACAAUCGCUCCUACGACCACAGCAGAAUUAACAACUGAAUCCAUAGAAUGUAUACUUUUUCCGAAUUUGCCAAGAUGUAAAGUAACUUCAACUACAAUGACCCCCUCAACUACGGAAGAAUUAACCACUAUCACGCCCACAACCAUUCAAGAAUUAAAGACAACCACUGAAGAAUUAAUUACUACUCCUACAACCACUGAAUUAUCAACAACAACUAUCUCUCAUACGACCACGGAAGAACUAACAACGACCACAAUCGCACCUACGACUACUGAAGAAAUAACAACAACCACAAUCGCUCCUACGCCCACGGAAGAACUAACAACAACCACAAUCGCACCUACGACCACGGAAGAAAUAACAACAACCACAAUCGCUCCUACAACCACCGAAGAAGUAACGACAACCACAAAUGCUCCUACAACCACCGAAGAAGUACCGACAACCACAGUAGCUCCUACAACCACCGAAGAUGUUACGACAACCACAAUUGCUCCAACAACCACCGAAGAAGUAACGACAACCGCAAUUGCUCCAACAACCACCGAAGAAAUAACAACAACCACAAUCGCUCCUACAACCACCGAAGAAGUAACGACAACCACAAUUGCUCCUACAACCACCGAUGAAGUAACGACAACCACAAUCGCUCCUACAACCACCGAAGAAGUAACGACAACCACAAUUGCUCCAACAACCACCGAAGAACUAACAACAACCACAAUUGCUCCAACAACCACCGAAGAACUAACAACAACCACAAUCGCUCCUACAACCACCGAAGAGGUAACGACAACCACAAUUGCUCCUACAACCACCGAGGAAGUAACGACAACCACAAUCGCUCCUGCAACCACCGAAGAAGUUACGACAACAACAAUCGCUCCUACAACCACCGAAGAAGUAACGACAACCACAAUUGCUCCAACAACCACCGAAGAACUAACAACAACCACAAUCGCUCCUACAACCACCAAAGAAGUAACGACAACCACAAUUGCUCCUACAACCACCGAAGAAGUAACGACAACCACAAUCGCUCCCACAACCACCGAAGAAGUUACGACAACAACAAUCGCUCCUACAACCACCGAAGAAGUAACGACAACCACAAUUGCUCCAACAACCACCGAAGAACUAACAACAACCACUAUCGCUCCUACAACCACCGAAGAAGUAACGACAACCACAAUUGCUCCUACAACCACCGAAGAAGUAACGACAACCACAAUCGCUCCUACAACCACCGAAGAAGUUACGACAACAACAAUCGCUCCUACAACCACCGAAGAAGUAACGACAACCACAAUUGCUCCAACAACCACCGAAGAACUAACAACAACCACUAUCGCUCCUACAACCACCGAAGAAGUAACGACAACCACAAUUGCUCCUACAACCACCGAUGAAGUAACGACAACCACAAUCGCUCCUACAGCCACCGAAGAAGUAACGACAACCACAAUUGCUCCAACAACCACCGAAGAAAUAACAACAACCACAAUUGCUCCAACAACCACCGAAGAACUAACAACAACCACAAUCGCUCCUACAACCACCGAAAAAGUUACGACAACAACAAUCGCUCCUACAACCACCGAAGAAGUAACGACAACAACAAUCGCUCCUACAACCACCGAAGAAGUAACGACAACCACAAUUGCUCCUACAACCACCGAAGAAGUAACGACAACCACAAUGGCUCCUACAACCACCGAAGAAGUAACGGCAACCACAAUCGCUCCUACAACCACCGAAGAAGUUACGACAACCACAAUUGCUCCUACAACCACCGAUGAAGUAACGACAACCACAAUCGCUCCUACAGCCACCGAAGAAGUAACGACAACCACAAUUGCUCCAACAACCACCGAAGAACUAACAACAACCACAAUCGCUCCUACAACCACCGAAGAAGUUACGACAACAACAAUCGCUCCUACAACCACCGAAGAAGUAACGACAACAACAAUCGCUCCUACAACCACCGAAGAAGUAACGACAACCACAAUUGCUCCUACAACCACCGAAGAAGUAACGACAACCACAAUCGCUCCUACAACCACCGAAGAAGUUACGACAACCACAAUUGCUCCUACAACCACCGAAGAAGUAACGACAACCACAAUCGCUCCUACAACCACCGAAGAAGUUACGACAACCACAAUUGCUCCUACAACCACCGAAGAAGUAACGACAACCGCAAUUGCUCCUACAACCACCGAAGAAGUAACGACAACCACAAUCGGUCAAACAACCACCGAAGAACUAACAACAACCACCUUAGCUCCUACAACCACCGAAGAAUUAACGACAACCACAAACUCUCCUACAGGCACGGAAGAAAUAUCCACAACUACCCUAGCUCCUACAACCAAUGAAGAAAUUACAACAACUACAGUAGCUCCUACAACAACGGAAGAAUCUACCACGACUAUUCGCACUCCACCCAACCCUCAGCCUCAACAACCGGUUGGGCCUCCACUCUUCCCACUUCCACCUCCAAUACCCUUGCCUCCAUUUCCGUUUCUUGGAGCUUUGCCUGAAUCUGAUAUUGGUGUGAUUGCUAUUCUACCUAUUCCGCUUCCGCUUCCGCUUCCGCCUCCGAUUCCAGCAUUUCCUCGUCCUCGCCCUCCUCCAAGACUACCUCUACCCUUCGGAAAUUUUUUUGGAAAAUAAGCUAAAAAAUGUAUACUGAAAAAUGCUUUUAUGUUUUUAAGAUUUAUCAAGCAUUCAUGCAAAUUAUUUUUUUUCGCUAAAAAAAUAAAGAUUUUGAAUUAGCAAAUUAACAAGGAGGAACUUUAAGAUACCCGUUAUUUAGCUAACCAAUUUCUAAAUAAAUAUCC